AACAACCUCCACAUUAAACCGGAAGAUCAAUAGAAACAAAUUAAGAUCGAUGAUGAACCUGUUGCCAUUGUGUCUCCUUCUCACCUCACUAGCAGCAGCCGGGGUGUGGUCUCCAACCCCAGAGCAGCAGAAGCAGAGGCAAGGAGAUGAUCAGAACGUGAUAGUGAAAGAAGGCCAUAGAAAGAUUGUUGUUGAGUAUGAACAUGAUGGCCAGCCUAACACCAUAGUCUUUAUCUCACCAGAUCAACACCACAUACGCAAGCCCGAUUCUAUUGCCAGCGCUGAAGGGGGCAUCUCAUCCGCAACAUCGAGUAUGGUAGAAAACGUUAAGGAGAAGAUAAAAGAAGCCUCCUCGUUCCUUUCGAAUCUCGGCCAAGGCCUUUCACAGUCAUCUAAAAACGAUGAGAUCAGAGAGAGCUAUUACAACGUCACCCAUAAGAAGCUUAUAUGCGACGCCUUAGGCAAAUACAAGCACAAGAUAGCCAGUGCAAUGGGUAAGGCUAAAGAGAUGGAUUCUGAGACGGCACACGAGGCGAUUGACAAGAUGAAGGAGGUGGCACUUGAAGCAAAAGAAGAGGCAAAGGAGCAGGCACGCGAGGUUGGAGAAGCUGCAGGGCACACAUUAGGUAAAUCGAAAGAAACGGUAUCCAGGAAAGCUCGCAAGGUUGAAGAACGCGUUAAAGAGUUUGUAAAGGAUGCAAAGGACAUUACCAAUACGAUUGGAGAGGAUAUAGCCAGGAACGUGUCAGAUAAAGUGGAGAUGGCUAAAGAAGAGGUGGUGGAGAAAGCCAAACAGACGGCAGAGCACGCUGCGGACAAGUUAAAGACUGAUCAGAGCAAGAAGAAAUUGAGCCAGAGUCACAACAAACGAGAGGUUGGGCGUGAUGCUGCCAAGUACGUGAAGUCCCCGGGGAUAAUGAGUUGCUUGAUGUGUGUGAUCAACUUACUGGGGUUGGCCACGGCUUACGGUAUGUGCGUCUGGAUUACAUUCAUUUCGAGCUAUAUAUUGUUUGGGGUCCUUCCAAGGCAGCAGUUCGGGAUAGUGCAGAGUAAGAUAUAUCCUAUGUAUUUCAGUGCCAUGGUUGUUAGCAUCGGGGCGGCUUUGAUGGGGCUCUUGUUGGGCAAUACGGAGAGUUUGUUCUCAAGUACAGCCGAAAUGUUUCAAGGCUAUUAUCUAUUGGCCUCGCUUUUGAUGGUUUUCUUCAAUAUGCUUUUCUUGGAGCCACGAGCCACUAAGGUCAUGUUUGAGAGGAUAAAGAUGGAGAAGGAAGAAGGAAGAGGAAGAGAGGAACUGACUGCUGAACCUAACCGGGCCUCUGAGUGGCGACAAGAUGCUGAUCCUGCAGCUUCAACUACAACUACUACUGCACCCUCACUUGAAGGAGCAGAGCAGGAAAUUAUCAGGAUUCGGAUUGUUAGAUUAAAUGACAAGCUUAAGAAGCUAAACACCUUCUCGUCUUUCAACAUCCUGACUUUAAUGGCUCUCAGUUGGCACCUCGUUUACCUAGGCCAGCGUACUUGACCUAUGGAAGUGCUG